GGUAUAGACUACAACAUUUUCUGGAGCAUUUCUGUGUAAUGUAACGUUCUUACGAAUGGUACAAUACAGGCAAAAGCUCAGUUUCCUAAGCAUUUCCAUGUAAUGUAACGUUCCUGCGAAUGCUCGGCGUUAUGUUACGGGUAAAUGCUCACAGCGAGUGUGCAUUUACCAACAUUUCGUUGUACCUUGCGUUCAUUCUUUUUUGAAAUGUCGGACCUACAAGCUGCAUGUGCUGCGUUUAUCUUGAUGAAUUAUAUUAGAAGAAAAAAGAAAAAUAGAAAUAGAAGAUGGUGGCAAAUGAACAUUUACAAUAGAAGACAAACUCUUGGAGGUGUGCAAUUAUUGUUAGACUUAAAAUCGCAGGAAUUAAGUGGUCAAUAUAAGAACUUUACUGCCCUAUCUUCAAGUGAUUUUGAAAGUUUAUUGAAUUCAAUUGGUGUUAAAAUAUCAAAGCAAAAUACACGAUUCAGAGUUUCAAUUACGGCGAAGGAGAGAUUAGCAUUAACUUUACGUUAUUUAGCUACAGGUGAUUCCUUCGUUAGUUUACAGUAUCUUUUUAGAAUAUCAAGACAUAGUAUUGGGAAGAUAAUUCCAGAAGUAUGUGAAGCAAUAACAGAGGAACUGAAAGAAAACAUUCACAUGCCAAAUUCACCUGAGGAGUGGUUACAAGUGGCAGAAGGUUAUGAGAAAAUAUGGCAAUUCUCCCAUUGUAUAGGCGCUAUUGACGGUAAACAUAUAGUAAUUCAAGCACCACCUGCAAGUGGCAGUGAAUUUUAUAAUUAUAAGGGGUUUUUUAGUAUUGUACUUAUGGCAGUAGUGGAUGCAAAUUAUAAAAUUAUUUACAUUAAUAUAGGUUGCCAAGGACGAAUAUCAGACGGUGGAGUAUUCCAUAACAGUAUGUUAUAUAAAAAACUACAAGAUGAAUCAUUGAAUUUGCCACAGCCCUCUACACUGCCAGGUAGGCAAAUGUUAAUGCCAUAUUAUUUCAUUGGCGAUGAAGCUUUCCCUCUUAUGCAAAAUAUGAUGAAGGUUUACUCUGGAAUGCAUCCCAAAGGAUCUACUAAAAGAUUGUUCAAUUACCGACUCUGUAGAGCUCGGCGCGUAGUUGAGAAUGUGUUUGGACUACUAUCGUCAGUAUUCCGUGUUUUGCGAAAGCCUAUAUUAUUGAACCCCGAUAAAGCUAAAUUGAUUGUAAAGUGCACAUGUCAUUUGCACAAUUUCAUUAGAAGGAAUUCAGAAGGAAUAUGCUUACAAGAAAACAUCUCACAAGACAAUAAUACCAGUGAUUAUAACGAGGGCCAUGCAUCAUUUCUUCCGCUUGCAAAUCAACAUCGAAACUUAUCAGAAAGUGCUUUUGCAAAAAUAAUGAGAGAUGAAAUUGCUGAAUACUGUUCUCAAGAAGGUGCGUUGGAGUGGCAAAACCAAUAUGCGUAGAUACUUACAAAUUUUAAUAUAGAAAUACCUUUUAAAAAAAUAACUCACCGAAUCAUCAACGGGACGUGGUUUAUUCCUAUCCAGCAUAAAUUGUAAGCUUUGGUACGCAAACCACGAACUUUUGUAAAUUUCAUCUGCUCCUGUAAAUGUAAAUAAAAAAAAACAAUUUAAAAUAAAUUCGUCUUUUUCAUUUACGUAAUAUUUUUAUCCAAACUGAAUAUAUCUGCUGUGUUAUGUAUAUUUGCAUUUAUUGUCAUCACUAACCUUUUCCAGUGCCAACACUUUUUUCAAUCUUCAUUUUUUCUCUUCGAAGAGAAGCUAGAAGGCUUGUCAUUUUUUUUCUGCAGUCAUCAGCAGAGAUCUCCAUUUCGGCAGCAAUAUCUUGCCACGCGUCGUUUUUUAAUAUUUUAUUGUAAUGUUGAGCGUGAUUAGGAUCCCAUAAAAUUACAUGAUUCCUGUAUUUUUCAAUAAACAAUAAAGUUUUUUCACUAUCCCACGACAUAGUUGAAUAGAAAAUAGAUAAUAAGUAUAAAUAACAAGCUAAUGCAAUGCACGUGUAAAAUCACAGCGUCAACUUGAACAACUAAACGACCGCGCGGACCGCGUGCGUCUUUCGUCCCUCUCCCUCCGCGUCACCCCGCAACCGCGCCUCGCCCGCACUCGUGGCUCGACGAAAUGUUACACCAAUACGCUCGUUGGUUUGUAACAAAGAGGCGAGCGUGCUCGACGUUUAGUUCGUAAGAGGAUGAUACACUAGAACAUAUCAUAGAGCGGCUCGUUGUUCUGUUACAAGUAAAUGUUGUAGUCUAUACUCACCUUUAU